AUGGAGCAGAAGAAAUUCAGAGGUGUCCGGAGGCGCCACUGGGGUUCCUGGGUAUCUGAAAUUCGUCAUCCAUUACUGAAAAAAAGGGUGUGGCUUGGAACUUUUGAGACAGCAGAAGACGCAGCACGGGCGUACGAUGAGGCAGCCAUUCUGAUGAGUGGUCGCAACGCCAAAACAAACUUCCCAAUCAACACAACGUCCCUUCCUUUGACUAGCUCUGACAACAUCAACGAUCAUAUCAAGUAUUCCACCAGUACUAGUAGUAGUAGUAGUGCAUUCUCUGCAGUCCUAAGCGCAAAGCUCCGCAAGUGCUGCAAAAUCCCAUCUCCUUCCCUGACCUGCCUCCGUCUCGAUACCAAGAACUCCCACAUCGGCGUUUGGCAGAAGCGCGCCGGGCCUCGCUCCGACUCAAAUUGGGUCAUGAUGGUUGAGAUUGCCACGUCUAAAAACAACAACAACGACGACGACAACAAUAAUAAUAUUAACAUGAGCAACAACAACAAUAACUUAAUGCAACAUGAUCAAUCAGCGAUGGCGGCGACGGCGCCGGAGUUAGGUGGCGAUGAGCAUGGAUUAAUGAUGGAUGGAGAAAAGGAGGAGAAGCUGGUUACACUGCAAAUGAUAGAGGAGCUUCUGAACAGUAACAAUUAA